AUGGCGGUUAGCUUUGCAACCUCAUCCCGCCCAUUGAUUACCCCUCCCCCUACGUCUCCGCCUCGCCCUCGUAGGCGUUUGCACAAGAAGUCGCGUCCACAAGAUUUCGACCCCAAUGCUGCGAAUUCCUAUUCUGGCGAUUCGUCGGGAUUGCGCUCAUACACUCCCUUCAGCUGUGUCGAUGAAGAUCAAGAUCAACCGUUAUUCGAUGAUAUUCCUGAGGAGCGUGUAUCGGGUACCAUCACUCCAUUACCGGUGCGAAUAAAGUCUCCGAGUCCCCAACUGAUGUCCAACGAUUCCCCUGCUGCUUUUCCGGUUCCAACGCCAUCAUCUCCACCGACAAAAGCCCCAUUGCUUUCCCAUAUCAGCUCCGUGAAACGUUGGCGAUCGCGCGGAUCUUCUCAGACCAGCAAAGAUUUCGCUGGAGACAUUUCUGUCGAUUCCGGUACCAGCAUCCCUUACCAACCACCUAAAACACCAGAGCCGUCUUUCUCGCGAGCUCCCAACUCAAAGCCAACGCCAGAUCCCGGGCUCCAUCUCAGCAACAGCAACAGUGCGUAUCCCACAUCCCGUUUCAGGAAGCGGAGCUCAACCACUGCCGGUUUCAUUCACCUAUAUGAUCUCGAAACUGGCACAUGCGUCUACAUGAACCGUAUCAGCGGCGAAACUGUCUUCGUUACUGCAGAACAUGAGGCCACUAACGGUAUUAUCGGGGUUAAUAAGCAGGGCCCGGUGUUGAGUGUGAGCGCUGACGAGCAGACUGUCAUCCCUUACAUUCUUACCGUUCUGAACAACACCGAGCUGGCGGUCAAAUUAGCUAGCCGGGCAAAUUUACCUGGUGCUGACGAGCUGUAUGUUCAGCAGUAUCAGCAGCUUUUCGCCUCUGGCCAAUAUAGUGAAGCUGCCAAGAUUGUGGCCAAUUCGCCAAGAGGCAUUCUUCGUACACCGCAAACCAUAGAGCAAUUCAAGCAAGUUCCUGUUCAACCAGGCACUCUUUCGCCCAUAUUUCAGUACUUUGGUAUUUUACUCGAGAAAGGCAAGCUUAACAAGCAUGAGUCACUUGAAUUGGCGCGCCCUGUUCUUGCCCAGGGCCGUAAGCAACUGCUUGAGAAAUGGCUCAAAGAGAACAAGCUUGAAUGCACAGAAGAACUUGGCGACAUUGUUCGCUUACACAACAUGACCCUCGCUCUCUCGGUAUAUCUUUGCGCCAACGUCCCCAAUAAGGUUGUCGCAUGCUUCGCCGAGACGGGCCAAUUCGACAAGAUUCUAUUGUACACAAAGAAAGUCGGCUACCACCCUGAUUAUGCGGCGCUUCUUCAGCACAUUAUGCAAGCAAACCCUGAGAAGGGUGCCGAGUUUGCAGCCCAGCUCGUAAACGAUGAGAAUGGGCCCCUUGUAGAUAUCGAACGCGUCAUAGACAUCUUCAUGUCACAGAACCUUAUUCAACCCACCAUGUCCUUCCUCCUCGAUGCCCUCAAAGAUAAUAAACCUGAGCAGGGUCAUCUUCAGACUCGUCUCCUUGAGAUGAAUUUAGUUCAUGCUCCCCAGGUGGCAGAUGCAAUUCUCGGAAAUGAGAUGCUCAGCCAUUACGACCGACCACAUAUUGCCAACUUGUGCGAGAAGGCCGGCUUAUUGCAGUGUGCUCUCGAGCAUUACGAGGAUCGGAUCAAUAUGCGCGAAAACCUUCAGGUGGUGGUCCAGAUCGCAACCAAGUAUUCCGACAUUCUUGGUCCAGUCAAACUCAUCGAGUUAUUCGAGUUGUAUAAGAGCUUCGAGGGGCUAUAUUACUACCUUGGCUCGGUCGUACAUCUCAGUCAAGACUCCGAGGUUCACUUCAAGUACAUCCAGGCCGCUACUCGGACUGGCCAGAUCCGCGAGGUUGAACGAAUCUGCUGUGAGAGCAAUUACUACAAUCCAGAAAAAGUCAAGAAUUUCCUCAAGGAGGUGAAACUUUCCGAUCAACUCCCACUUAUCAUCGUCUGCAAUCGCUUCGACUUUGUGCACGAUUUUGUUCUUUAUCUUUAUCAAAAUGGAUUGGUCAAGUUUAUCGAGGUUUAUGUUCAGUGCGUCAAUGCGGCCCGCAUGCCUCAGGUUGUGGGUGGCCUCCUGGACGUUGACUGCGACGAAGCGACUAUCAAAAGCCUUCUCACCUCCGUUAUCGGGAUUUUCCCCAUUGAUGAGCUCAUCGAGGAGGUUGAGAAACGUAAUUGCCUUUGA